AUGACGGUCAUCAUCACCACGGAGACGUUGUUACCAGACUCCACCAGAGGGCUCCACCAGAGGGUUCCACCAGAGGGUUCCACCAGAGGGCUCCACCAGAGGGUUCAACCAGAGGGUUCCACCAGAGGGCUCCACCAGAGGGCUCCACCAGAGGGUUCAACCAGAGGGCUCCACCAGAGGGUUCCACCAGAGGGCUCCACCAGAGGGUUCCACCAGAGGGCUCCACCAGAGGGUUCCACCAGAGGGUUCAACCAGAGGGCUCCACCAGAGGCUUCCACCAGAGGGCUCCACCAGAGGGCUCCACCAGAGGGCUCCACCAGAGGGUUCAACCAGAGGGCUCCACCAGAGGCUUCCACCAGAGGGCUCCACCAGAGGGCUCCACCAGAGGGCUCCACCAGAGGGUUCAACCAGAGGCUUCCACUAGAGGGUUCAACCAGAGGGCCCCACCAGAGGCUUCCACCAGAGGGCUCCACCAGAGGGUUCCACCAGAGGGCUCCACCAGAGGCUUCCACCAGAGGGUUCAACCAGAGGGCCCCACCAGAGGCUUCCACCAGAGGGCUCCACCAGAGGGUUCCACCAGAGGGUUGCACCAGAGGGCUCCACCAGAGGCUUCCACCAGAGGGUUCCACCAGAGGGUUCAACACCACAGAACCUGGACCAGAACUGAUCUCACUGAACCACAGGACCUGGUCCACAACUGAGCUCAAUGAACCACAGGACCUGGACCAGAACUGA